AUGAAUCGAGUGGGAUUUUUGGUUUCCACGAUUUCCACAUGUCGACAAUUCUCCAGGCUGCAGUUUUCAACAACUCCCCAAAUUUUCAAGAAGAAAAUCAAUGAGAAACAAAAGAAAGUGAGUUUUUCAGUAAUAAUUCUUUCAAUUAGAAACAUGAUUGACACCAAAACGCAGCAAAUUUUCAGGGAAAUCAACAAGUACAUUUUGCCAAUCUUGAAGAAAAUCAAAUUGUGAAAGAUACGCACAAAGAAUUGCAAGAAGUCGAGAAAAUUCUGCACGAAGAACUCGCGCGACAUUUUUCACUGAAAGUUGAUGUUCGACAAUAUGAAGAGAUAAUGGUUAAAUUGGAUACGGGAAAAGAUAAACAAUUAUCGCAUUUAGCGCGAGUUACGAUGAAAAGUCCGCUAAUGGUUAUGAUCAAUUUUCAAGAUAAUCCGGCAGCGAUGAAAGCGGCCAAAUUGGCUAUUCAGGUGAGAAAAUGAAAAAAGAAAUUGAGAAAAAAAAAUAUGCCCAAUGUUUCAAGCUCAGGUUUAUUUCCUAUUUUCUUUCAGAAAUCCACCCUAAAUGUGACUCCCCAACAAGAAGGUGCCGUCCUCUACAUCACAAUUCCACCAAUGUCCAGAGAGCGACGCGAGAAAAUGGCGCAAGAUGCAAAAACGCGAAUUUUGAACGAGUACAAAAAAGCGUUGAAUGAAAUUUAUACAAAAGGCGACAAAAAAUCGAGCGCCGAAUUUGCGGGAAAACCGGAUGAUGCAAGAAAAACGAGACAAAUGUUGUUGGAUUUGAAAAAAUCGGCUGAAAAUAAAGCGGGACAAUUGAUUGAGGCGAAAAGACAGGAAUUGUUGAAACAAGUUGUGUGA